CCGCGUCCCGGCUCCCCCUCCCCGAGCCGAGGCCCGGGAGAGUAAAGCGAGGAGCGACAGCGGCCGCGAGCGCACGGUCUGGUCCCUGUGUCCGAGGGAAGCUCGAGAGGAGGCCGAGGAGAGGGCCCAUGAAGCGGACUGGCCGGUCUCAGUCCGGGCACUGGGCCGUGGAGGAGCCGCGCGGGAGCGGGCAGUCGAGUCCGGAGUCCCAGACUCCGCUGCGGAGCAGAGGAGCCCGUGGCCGGAGAGGACCGGGCAGCGCCUCCGGAGCGGAGAGCCCGAUGAACGCUCGGACGCGGUCCCCGGCAGCUCCUGCCCGCUACGCGCGACCCCCGCUACAACCCGAGGACCGUCACGACGGCACCAGCAACGGGACGGCGCGGUUGCCCCAGCUGGGCACUGUAGGUCAAUCUCCCUACACGAGCGCCCCGCCGCUGUCCCACACCCCCAAUGCCGACUUCCAGCCCCCUUACUUCCCCCCGCCCUACCAGCCUAUCUACCCCCAGUCGCAAGAUCCUUACUCCCACGUCAACGACCCCUACAGCCUGAACCCCCUGCACGCCCAGCCGCAGCCGCAGCACCCGGGCUGGCCCGGCCAGAGGCAGAGCCAGGAGUCUGGGCUCCUGCACACGCACCGGGGGCUGCCCCACCAGCUGUCGGGCCUGGAUCCUCGCAGGGACUACCGGCGGCACGAGGACCUCCUGCACGGCCCGCACGGGCUUGGCUCGGGACUUGGAGACCUCCCGAUCCACUCCUUACCUCACGCCAUCGAGGACGUCCCGCAUGUAGAAGACCCGGGUAUUAACAUCCCAGAUCAAACUGUAAUUAAGAAAGGCCCCGUGUCCCUGUCCAAGUCCAACAGCAACGCCGUCUCCGCCAUCCCUAUUAACAAGGACAACCUCUUCGGUGGCGUGGUGAACCCCAACGAAGUCUUCUGUUCAGUUCCGGGUCGCCUCUCGCUCCUCAGCUCCACCUCGAAGUACAAGGUCACGGUGGCGGAAGUGCAGCGGCGCCUCUCACCGCCCGAAUGUCUAAACGCGUCGCUGCUGGGCGGAGUGCUCCGGAGGGCGAAGUCUAAAAAUGGAGGAAGAUCUUUAAGAGAAAAACUGGACAAAAUAGGAUUAAAUCUGCCAGCAGGGAGACGUAAAGCUGCCAACGUUACCCUACUCACAUCACUAGUGGAGGGAGAAGCCGUCCACCUAGCCAGGGACUUUGGGUACGUGUGCGAAACUGAAUUUCCUGCCAAAGCAGUAGCUGAAUUUCUCAACCGACAACAUUCCGAUCCCAAUGAGCAAGUGACAAGAAAAAACAUGCUUCUGGCUACAAAACAGAUAUGCAAAGAGUUCACCGACCUGCUGGCUCAGGACCGAUCUCCCCUGGGGAACUCGCGGCCCAACCCCAUCCUGGAGCCCGGCAUCCAGAGCUGCUUGACUCACUUCAACCUCAUCUCCCAUGGCUUCGGCAGCCCGGCGGUGUGCGCCGCGGUCACCGCCCUGCAGAACUAUCUCACCGAGGCCCUCAAGGCCAUGGACAAAAUGUACCUCAGCAACAACCCCAACAGCCACACGGACAACAGCGCCAAAAGCAGUGACAAAGAGGAGAAGCACAGAAAGUGAGGCUCUCCUCCCGCCCGCCCCCCCGCCCGCCUGCCUCACCAGCCCGCGCGCGCCCACCCUCCCGGCCCCUCCCCCACCCGGCAGGUGACAGCUCCGGAUCGGCGACCCUUACUGCUGCUGCUACUGCUGCUGCUGCUGCCGCUGCCGCCGCCGCCGCCCUCCGGCGCCCGGGGUCCUCGGGACUGCUCUCUCCGCUGCCAGUGGGGCAGCCGCUGUCGACCCGGCCCGGUGCCCCGACUCCCCACCGGUACCCACGCCCCUCGCCCUCAUGUGGAGCCUAAGAGAACAGAACAGGCCGUGAAGCCAGCAAAGAAAAGUUCUGUCGAGUUUGUGAAUUUUUUUUUUUUUAAACAACAGCAAAUCCAACAACUCAAAAUAAAGAAAUAAAUAAAAAAGGAAAAAAGAAAAAAAAUUAAAAACUUUUUUUUCUAAAAAAAGAACAUAAAAAAGUUUAAAAAAAAUUAUAUGAGCUUCUGAAUCACCACCUUCCCUUACAUUCUUCAGUUCAGAUUGUAGCCAUACUUAAAAAAAAAAAAAGGCAAAGAAGAUAAUGACAUUUUUAUCAGUAUUGUGAAUAAACUUGAACACAAAUACACGAAGUUCUAUGUUAUGUCUUCAGUUGUAGAAGUUUUCCCUCUUCAAGGUAAAGCGACCAACUUGAACUUUCUCCGGCAACACGAUUCACAGUUAUAUAAGGGAAUCAGUGUUCAUGUCUCUGUAUAUAUUUAUUUAUGUGUAAUUUAAUGGGAUUUGUAAAUAUGGUGAGUCUGUUUUUCGCCUUUUUUUUUUUUUUUUAUUUAUCUGGUGAUCUCGUUUACCUCUUGUUUAGUGGGUUUUGAAUCUUCCCUAUUAGUUCCUCAUGUGGUUCAUGGUACUUAUUUAGAAAUUCAAGGUUUGGGGGAUUUCCCCCCCUCUGGGAUUCAUGAGUUUAGCCCUGUUGUAGCAUGUUAAAGGCGACAAUGAAACAGCUGAACAAAUAAAAAAAAGUAAAAUAAAAAUUUAUACAUAAUUAGUAUUACAUUUAGCUUAUCACUGAACUGAAAGAAAAAAGUGAUAUUGGACCCUGGAAAAAAUUUUAAACUUGAGUGGUUUGCUAACCUUUCUAUGUAUUGUGGGGAGAAAAAAAAAAAAGUUUAUUUUGUUCCACUGUCCUCCCUUAAAA